AUGACCAUUUUUCAGAGCAAACUAUUAAAUCACUUGGAAAAACAACAAUCAACUGAUGUGGAUGAACUUUUUUUGAAAUCUUUACUUCCUCUAGUAAAACAAUUAAGUGGUGGUAAAAAAUUAGAAUUUAAAAUGUACGCACUUAAAUUUUUUCAAAAUGAAUCUCAUCCACAAAAUAAUAACUAUUCCUAUCACACUGCAGUAUUUUAUCCUCAGAAUAAUGCUCCAUAUUUUCAUUCCGGGUAUUUUAAUUCGUUCCAUUCGUCUUCUCCAAUAUCAUACCAACAUCAACAAGCGGCUCCCUCACACAGUUCUAUAGAUACACUACACCACAACAUAUAUCCCGAACCAAUUCCAAAUUAA